GCCCCAGAGUUCACCUGGAGCAUCGUAGCAGCCGGAGAUCGUCACGAGAAAACUGAGAAGAAGUCUGGAAGUCCGCAGGGCUGGGAGGAAGGUCAGUUCCUGUGGGUGAACAGCACAGCUCUGGGGGGCCUGUGGGUGAUCAGUCCGUGGUUGUGGGGUGGUCAGCCUGGCCCCUGCAGUCUGGACAUGGCCGUGUUCCUCCACCCCCGACAGAGCGGACACUACACCAUCCACCUCAUUGAGAGGGACAAGCCUCCUCUGGUGCUCUUCUCCACUGACACACUGCCUCGCAUCACAGGCUGGGCAGUGGUGCACCUCACCUUGGGCACCCACGGAGGAGCACCCUUCAGGAUCUCCGGGGGGUACGACCAGAGGGUGCCCCAGGACGACACCGCCACCAUCGAGCCGCACUUCACCACCAACUGCACCAUGGCCUCUUUGCCGGGUCCCAACGUCACCUUGGAAGGCCUGUUCCACUGUCACCAAGGCCCCGCGAUUGCACUGGACAAGCUGUGUGACUUCCAGACAGACUGCCCGCUCGGAGAUGACGAGGGUGAACGCUGCAGGCGAUUCCUCAAUGGCAGUUACUGCUCGUUUGAAGAGGGGGAGUGCAUGUGGCAGUCGAUCCCGGGGCGCACAUUCUCCUGGAGAAGACUGCAGAGCCCAGCCAAAGCUACCAGGCAAAUCUGUCCAUCAUCAGGUGGUACGUUCAGUGUGGAGGGUGGUCAGACCAAGGGCCAGCGAGGAUCGGCCUUACUAAGAAGCCCCAUGUAUCCUCCUCCUCUCAGAAACUCUCCUUGCAAGGUGCGUUUUUGGGUGUGUUCUGGAGGUCUACAGAAGGGGGCGCUGUCCUUGUGGAUUGUGGAGAACAGCACUGGACCAGAGGAGCAGCGUAGACUGUGGCACUCGGCCAGUGAGCCCAGAUCAGAGCGAGGCUGGAAGCUCAUCUCUGUCCCUCUCUACGGGCUGGCAGACUGGUUUUGGCUACAGUUCAGUGCUGAGGAUGGACCUGGCGUGGGUUCAGUGAUCUCCAUUGACAACAUCUCGUUCACUAUGGACUGCUUCUUGGCAUCCAAUGGAGAAUAUCCCCCAGUGGUGACUAGUGCGACCAGGAUCACCAUCAGACCGACCAACCUGAAUAUCAAGACCACCACACCGUCCAAUGGGAGUCAUUUGAUGAACCCACCAGCCCCACCCCCGUCAAAGAAAUGGAUUUUUCAUACCUGUGGCGCUGUAGGUCCCGAAGGCCCCACUCCCUCCCAGUGCACCAACUCCUACAGGAACAGCAACGUCAACGUGUCUGUGGGCACCCGAGGGGCCUUCAAAGGCAUCCAGAUGUGGCACGUCCCGGAAAGUGGAACAUACAGAAUCACGGCUUACGGUGCAGCCGGAGGGCGCAGUGUCCUGGCUAUGAGCCGGUCCCACGGCGUCUACAUUUCGGGGGACUUCCUGCUUAAGAAAGGGGACCUGCUCUACAUCCUGGUGGGACAACAAGGAGAAGACGCCUGCCCCAACGCCAACGCUAUGCUCAACAAGAUCUGCCAGGAACAGAGCGGGCCCACGGUGAACAAGACUCAAGUUAAAGGAGGAGGGGGUGGAGGAGGAGGGGCCACCUAUGUGUUCAAGGUGGAGAGAAACCAGUAUGUGCCCCUCAUUAUUGCUGCUGGAGGAGGGGGUCGUGGGUACAGCAGCCUAUCAGACACUCAGCUGGAGCAGAUGGACUAUGACCUGAGUCAACCCGGCCGCAAUGGGAAAUCUCACAUGGCAGGUGGAGGAGGUGGCUGGAAUGACAGUGCUCCCCGCAGUCAGGGGGGCAGGCCUCUGGUGCUGGGGGGUCAGGGAGGCCAGGCCUGUCAGAAGUUCUGGCAAACUCGCGGAGGCUUCGGGGGCGGUGGGGGCGGCUGUGUCUCUGGAGGUGGCGGUGGAGGCUACAGAGGAGGCAAUACAUCUCUGGAUAAUAAUCCCAAACAGGAUGGAGAUGAUGGGACGUCAUUCCUAGGACCAGAGGGAGACCGAUUCCUAGAUCCUCUGAAGGCCAUGGAGGGCGAUGGCGAGGUGAUCAUCACUCCAGUCCAGAACUGCAGCCACUGCGAGAGCGAAGACUGCCACGAGAGCCAAGAGGGCAUCAUCUGUUACUGUGACGAAGGCCUCAUCCUGGCACCAGACGGGGUGUCCUGCAUCAACUCCACAGAGGUGUCCUUGCUGCCUCCUCCGCCCUCUCUCUCACACCUGGCUCUGGGUCUGUCUGUGGGUACCUCCGCUCUCAUCGCCGCCCUGCUACUGGCUGUGUCUGGAGUCAUGAUCAUGUAUAGACGGAAGCACACAGAGCUGCAGUCCAUCCAGCUGGAGCUGCAGAGCCCAGAUUGUAAACUGAGUAAGCUCCGCGCCUCCACCAUCAUGACCGACUACAACCCCAACUACUGCUUCGCUGGGAAGACCACCUCAGUCAAUGACCUGAAGGAAGUGCCCCGCCGAAACAUCUCUCUUACCAGAGGUUUGGGUCAUGGUGCCUUUGGUGAAGUGUAUGAAGGCCUUGCGGUGGGGAUACCAGGUGAACCCAGUCCACUCCAAGUUGCAGUCAAAACCCUUCCAGAGGUGUGCUCGGAGCAAGACGAAUUAGACUUCCUCAUGGAGGCCUUAAUCAUCAGUAAGUUCAGUCACCAGAACAUAGUGCGCUGUAUCGGGGUGAGUCUGCAGGCCAUGCCCAGGUUCAUCCUAUUGGAGCUCAUGACCGGAGGGGACCUUAAGUCAUUCCUAAGGGAGGCACGGCCAAGGCUGGAACAUCCAUCAAGCCUCACGAUGGUGGAUCUGCUCAACGUGGCCAGAGAUAUUGCUAAGGGCUGCCAGUAUUUGGAAGAAAACCAAUUUAUACACAGGGACAUCGCAGCACGUAACUGUCUACUGACCUGCAAGGGACCUGGUCGUGUGGCUAAAAUUGGAGAUUUUGGGAUGGCUAGGGAUAUUUAUAGGGCAAGCUACUACAGGAAAGGGGGCCGCGCCAUGCUGCCAGUCAAAUGGAUGCCUCCGGAAGCCUUCAUGGAGGGCAUCUUCACAUCCAAAACAGACACAUGGUCGUUCGGAGUGCUGCUGUGGGAGAUCUUCUCAUUGGGCUACAUGCCAUACCCCAGCCGCAGUAACCAGGAAGUACUGGAGUUUGUAACCAAUGGAGGGAGGAUGGAUCCACCCAAAAAUUGCCCCGGGCCAGUGUAUCGUAUAAUGACCCAGAGUUGGCAGCACCAGCCUGAGGACAGACCUAACUUCUCCACCAUCUUGGAGAGAAUCGACUACUGCUUACAGGACCCAGAUGUGGUGACGACUCCUUUGCCUAUUGAGUAUGGCCCUGUCCCAGAGGAGGAAGAGCGAGCUGCGCACCAGGAGGACCAGACGAGUCCCACUGUGGUGGUGAAAGCCCAGGUGCCUGAUGGGGAGGCUCCUCUGCCCCCGGCCUACCCCACUGAGGACACACGCAGAGCAGCAGAGAGCAGCGAGGCCAAAGCACAGCCACAGCCCUGUCUCCUGCCUCACACACAGACCACCGUCACCAUGACAACUGCGGUCACCUCCACGGCAAUGUCCGCACUCACUUCCAAGGGCCCCCAGGUGUGCACACAGGCCCCUGCGGAGGGGGGUCACGUGAACCCUGCCUUUACCCAGGGCCACAGUGUGGAGAGAGAGCACAGCACAGGCAAGAACACCACCCUCUGGAACCCCACCUAUGGCUCCUGGUUCCUGCAGCAGCAACAGAGGAAGCAGCAGCAGCAGCAGAGGCAGGCAGCCGUGGGGGCCGUGGGGGGCGUGGGGGGUGCGGGGGGUGCGGGGGGCAGGGUGCCUGGAGAGGGCCAGGAGCAUGUGGGCCGAACUGUGGCCGAAGUGGCCGGAGCACUCGGUCUGCAGCACCAGCACAAGAUCCAGCAGCAGCUGCAGAUGCUGCACCAGCAGCAGGGCAUGUGCAGACCCCUGCUGCCACCCCCUCCUCCCCCCUCUACCCAGUCACCCCUCCUGCUGGACUCCAGCACACUGCCCCCCGUGCCCCUCUAUAGACUCAGGCGCUUCCCCUGUGGGAACAUCGGCUAUGGGUACCAGGAGCAGGGGCUGCCUAUGGACCCCAGCGCAGCACAGACCUCUACGGCCCACCCGCGAGGGCCCAUCCCCACCUCCCUGAGCAGGCCGGGGGUGUCCGAGGACAGCCGCCCCCUGCUGGUCACUAUGGGCACAGUGCAGGACCCCCGGCUGCCCCGUAUGGAGGGCCACAAUGCCACAGUGCUUUAG